AUGGAGCUGGGCCACCGAGCAGGUACAACCACCUUGACCAGGGCCCAUCUGAACAACAACAAGGAAGGCCAGCAGGACACGGACCCCUGGAGAACUGCCCGCAGCCCCCUGGGCACCUCCAAAUUCAAGCACCAGGCCCCAGUCUCCCUGCAGACAUCCCUGUACCGGGGAGGCAGCCCCCUAGGGCAGGCCCACCUGGAGGAGGUCCGGCCCCCACCCCCCUCGGCCAUCAGCCGGGACUCCCCCGGGAUGGACUCACAACCUGAGUCCCUGAAGAGGUGGGGCUACAGACCCUCCUCGAGGGAGAGCAGGGCUUCCCUCCAAGAGGGGCCUCAGCCAUGCGAGGAACUGGAGGAAGGCCCCAACCCAGGGGCCCAGGGCCAGAGGAGCAUGAGCCAGAGGAGCAGCAUCAUUCCUGACAACAUUCGCCACAAGUUUGGGAGCAACGUGGUGGACCAGCUGGUCUCAGAGGAGCAGGCUCAAAGGGCAAUUGGCGAAGCCUUUGAGGGCCAGAAGAGAACAAGCUUGUGGCCCAGCAGGACCCAGAGUCCCGUGCAAACCUCCUCCAUCUUUGCAGACUACUACGACCUAGGCUACAACAUGCGGUCAAACUUGUUUCAAGGGCCCUCCCAGGAGACGAAGAGCCUUAUGAAAGCCUCCUACACCCCAGAGGUGAUCGAGAAAUCGGUGAGGGACAUAGAGCACUGGCACGGCAGGAAGACAGAUGACCUGGGACGGUGGCACCAGAAAAACGCUAUGAACAGGAACUUGCAGAAAGCGCUGGAGGAGAAAUACGGAGAAAGGAGCAAGAGCAGGAGCUCGAAGUACUAG